AUGUUUCAGGUUUAUACAUCCACGGCUGUCGAUCACGAGAACGAUCUCAUUCUGGGCGCACUCCUGGUGCUAUCGCAAGUCAGCUUCGCCACUAAAGGCUUCCGAUCUUUCAAUCGUAUAAUGCGACAUAUUGAAGCUAAGGGCUCGUUAAACUAUCCGGGUCUGGUGACACAUAUUACGAAUAUGGCUAUAUUGGAGGAGAUAUCACGAGUUCAAGAGUAUUGCACUGAAUACGUUACGAUACAAGUGGCAUUACCGCAAGUACACAGGUGA